AUGCUAGUCGAUCAGAAUAUGGCUGCUACAUUUCGAGAUAUGAGAAUUGUGCCAGUCAAAAAUCCAUUCGGAAAAAAGGAUUUUGCCGUGAAAGUUCCUGUUGGCAACCUAGAAAGCGAUCCUAUUUGGGAAGUUGAAGCAAUAGCGGCUGUAAGAUGGUUCAUCGCAGAUACGCUGAAACCUCACAUCAUGGUGUGGUUGAGUGGAUUACCAUCGAAAUUCUCAAAUAAAGAAUUGGCUGACGAAGUAAAUUCAGGAUUUCGUGCCACUGAAAACUGCAUCAAUGAGUUACUGCUAGCCGUUGUGAGUGGAAACAUAUCAAGCAAUUUUUCUGACAAAAUUUGGCGGCAUGUUCCUGAUCUUCUCUUUCCUCGCCAUGACUGGGCAGAAUGGACUCGUCGAUUAAUGCCCCUAAUGAUCAAUCACUUCACUUCCAUCCGAUGUAUGAAUGUUGUUGAAGCGAAUACUUGCCGCCGUGAUCCACUUGAGCAGGGCGACUUCUUUGAUCAUAUUCUCUCGAAGAGGUCUGGAAAACUUGAGAAACGUCGGUCUACUGCCAACGCAAUGCGUGAAACAAUAGCUUACAUGUAG